UCCGCCCGGGAAGUGCUGGGAUAGCGAUGGAGACGCCCGGCGCGCCGGCCCGGGCCCUGCAGCUGUCCGCCGCGUCAGGGCCCCGGAGGAAGCGCGCGGCGGGCGAGGCGGGGGCUGUGACGAGCAGGCAGCGGGUCCUGGACGAGGAGGAGUACAUCGAGGGCCUCCAGACUGUCAUCCAGAGGGACUUUUUUCCCGAUGUGGAGAAGCUGCAGGCUCAGAAAGAGUACCUGGAGGCAGAGGAGAGCGGGGACCUGGAACGGAUGCGCCAAAUUGCCAUCAAGUUUGGCUCUGCCCUGGGCAAGAUGUCCCGGGAGCCCCCGCCGCCCUACGUGACUCCAGCCACGUUUGAAACCCCCGAGGUGCACACAGGCCCCGGGGUGGUGGGUAACAAGGCCCGGGGCCGGGGCCGUGUCCUGGAGGAUGGCGAUGGAGAGGCUGGAGAGGAGGAGGAGAAGGAGCCCCUGCCCAGUCUGGACGUCUUCCUGAGCCGGUACACGAGCGAGGACAACGCCUCCUUCCAGGAGAUCAUGGAGGUGGCCAAGGAGAAGAGCCGGGCGCGCCAUGCCUGGCUCUACCAGGCCGAGGAGGCGUUUGAGAAGAGGCAGAGAGAGAGUCUCGCACUCCCGUCGGCAGAGCACCAGGCCAUCGAGAGCGGCCCGGCUGGCGUGGAGACCUGGAAGUACAAGGCCAGGAACUCCCUCAUGUACUACCCCGAGGGUGUCCCUGAUGAGGAACAGUUGUUCAAGAAGCCCCGGCAGGUGGUGCACAAGAACACCCGUUUCCUCCGGGAUCCCUUCAGCCAGGCGCUCAGCAGGUCCCAGCUGCAGCAGGCUGCCGCCCUCAAUGCCCAGCACAAACAGGGCAAGGUGGGCCCAGAUGGCAAGGAGCUAAUCCCCCAGGAAUCCCCCCGAGUAGGCGGAUUUGGAUUUGUGGCUACCCCUUCUCCUGCCCCUGGUGUGAACGAGUCCCCGCUGAUGACCUGGGGGGAGGUCGAGAACACGCCCUUGAGAGUCGAAGGAUCCGAGACGCCCUGCGUGGACAGGACACCAGGACCAGCCUUCAAGAUCUUGGAGCCUGGCCGCAGGGAGCGGCUGGGGCUGAAGAUGGCCAACGAAGCUGCAGCCAAGAACCGGGCCAAGAAGCAGGAGGCCCUGCGGAGAGUGACGGAGAACCUGGCCAGCCUCACUCCCAAAGGCCUGAGCCCGGCCAUGUCACCAGCCCUGCAGCGCCUUGUGAGCAGGACGGCCAGCAAGUACACGGACCGGGCCCUGCGGGCCAGCUACACACCAUCCCCUGCUCGCUCCACCCAUCUCAAGACCCCAGCCGGCGGGCCACAGACCCCGACAGGCACACCGGCUCCAGGCUCUGCCACACGCACCCCUCUCAGCCAGGACCCAGCCUGCAUUACGGACAACUUGCUUCAGCUCCCGGCCCGGCGCAAAGCCUCCGACUUCUUCUAGGGCCAGGCCUGUGCUGAGCCCACAGGCAGCUCUCUGCCUAGCAGAGGACUCCGGCUUUCUGGAGACCCAGGCUUGGGCCAGAAGCAGUGAGCGUCCGGGAGCCACAGAGGGAAGGUGCCAGGCUGGCAAGGGAUCGUCCCCGUGGCCCUCGGGGUGCACCUCAGGCCCCACUGAUACGUUUCUACUGCACCCCUGCCUGUUUGUAUUUAACCGUCAGUAAAGAGCACGCACAGUCUGCCA